GGCCGGGGCCUCAAACGGACCUGUAGUUUCUUUGCAGGGCAUUUAAAUCACUUUGGAGGUGGACUUGCCCAAGGUCGCACAGCAGGCCAGCGGCAGAUCCAGGUCCUCUUGGCUCCCAGGCCCGUACUCUAUCCUCUGCCCCGGGGACGGUACAGAGUCAGGGCAAGGCUGCAGGCACCGGGGAGUAAAGGAAAAUAAAUCAUUUUAAUAGGAAAUAUGAGAAGAUGUCCUUUGAAAAUGAACAGUAAGGGGUUUUUUUUAUUAUUUUUGUACAAAGUUAGGACAUUCUUGUUAUUUGGAGAAUGUUCAGUAAAAUCCACUGGCCCCAGCAGACAGUAUGUCUCCUCCCUCUGGUCUUCCCCCAGCCUGGGAAUGAGUCCAGACCUUAUGGGUCCCAGAUGUUGGGCCCCUGCUGAGCUUCACUGGACGUGACUGACCAGGAAAUCUGAAGAAAGGACAGAAACGUACUCCGCCUCUCUAAGAGCACCGCUUGAACUUGGAUCGGUUCCCUCUCGGCGCUCGAUAUCCACCCCACCCUCGGCCCUUAACGAACGUAACCGUAAUCGAUCUCGAUGUCCGUCACCCGCCCUGAGCUCCCUGUGGGCGGGGGACGCGUUCACCACCUCUGUCGGGCCCUCCCAAGCACUCAGUACAGGGCCCUGCACAUAGUAAGCGCUCAAAAAACUCCACCGAUCGAUAGGGGGCUGGACUCUGUGACCCGUUUCAGGAGUGACCUGCAGUGGCUUCUCUUCUGUGCAGACCUGCCUUCCCUCAUCCAGGAAGGACCCCAGUGCGGAUUGGUGGCCCUGUGGAUGGCAGGGUCCUUGCUGACCCCUCACCCCGGCGUGCCUCUGGAGAGGAUCGUGGCCACGGCCAUGGAGCGGGGCUACACGGCGCAGGGCGAGAUGUUCUCAGCUGCUGACAUGGCGAAGCUGGCCCAGGAAGUGUACGGCUGCCGGGCAGAGCUCCUCGUGGGCGGCAUGGGUGGGCACAACCGCCAGCGCGUCCUCCGGCACGUCACUGCCGGGCACCCCCUGCUCGUCCCCUACGAUGAGGACUGUAACCACGAGCCCUGCCGGCGGCAGGGGCACAAAGCCCACUGGGCGGUCAGCGCAGGUGUCCUGCUGGGGGUGCAGGGCCCCCUCCCGCCCAACGCCUACCACGAGGACCCAGACCUCGCCGGCCUCUUCCACCCGCGCCACCCGUCGGCCGCCUACCCCGAGGCGCCCGUGGCCGUCCGCCUCCUGGCCAAGCAGGGCAAGAGCUGCCGCUACCAACUGUGGGACUACGAGCAGCUGUGCCAGAGCAACCUGCAGCUCACAGACCUCUCCCCGGCCCGGGCGGCCGACGGCAAGACCUACGUGGUGCCCGCCGGGGGUGUGAGGGCAGGGCUGUGUGGCCGGGUGCUGCUGCUGCGCCCGGGCCCCCCCGCCCCAGGAGACGUCGGGGCCGUGUGAAGUUGGGCCCGGGGGAGUGCAGCUCCACCGCAGCCGGCCCGGGAGGGCAAUCGACACAGAGACACGCGGUCCGCCUCACGGGGCUUUUAUUGGGGCCGGGGGAGGAAGCCCCGGCGCCCCUUUCCAGUCUCUGUCCGUGUUUAUAAAUAAGUAAAAAGGUUUGGAAUA